AUGUACCCCGCCAUCGACCUCGCCUUUCACUCCAUCACCUCCAAGUCGCCGUCGCUCACAGUCUUCGCUCCGGCCGACGCCGCCUUCUCCAACUCCGGCCACCCCAGUCUCAACCUCCUCCGCUACCACCUCCUCCCCAUCGCUUUCCCUCUCCGAUCACUCAAGUCCCUCCCGUUCGGUGCCAAGAUCGCCACUCUGCUCGACGGCCACUCUCUCACCGUCACCACUCUGUCGUCCGACGACCGCCUCGUCUCGCUCAACAACGUCACCAUCACGGCGUCCCCAAUUUUUGACGACGGGUCGUUGAUCAUCUUCGGAACCAACAAAUUCUUCGACCCGUAUUUCCGGAUCUCGGGUCCGAUUCGGAGCUAUAGCCCCAAGAAUCUCUGCUGCUUGGCGCCGCGAAACCCUAACGAAGCGAUGGCAGCCGAAACGGCGACGCAUUACCUCGGAGAUGAGGGGGUUGGAGAGGGAAACGUCGUCGUUUUGGGAGAUGGCGGUUUGGUGGCGGUAGUUGAAGUGGUGGGAAUGGGAGUGGGAGAGGCGGGUGUAGAGGAAAGAAGGAGAAGGAGGAGGGCAUAG